UUCAGUCUUUGCAUUGGCCUGGGAGCGAGCAAGUGAAGUCAACGGCUGUUCGUUUCGCCUCUUCAAUGUGCUCUGUGAAUGUGGAUUAUAAGAAAAUCAAAGAAAUCGAGCGUUCAGUCCGAAAAAAAAAAUAUCAUAAAUAAAUCGUCCAAAAACAAAACAUAGAAGAACUUUCGAAGUUGCUGCUCAAUCAAAUUGUUUUCUCGCAAGCUGUGUUAAUGCGCUGCAUACAUAUAUAAUACAUAUAUAUAUAUAUAUAUAUGCAUGUGUAUGUGUGUGAAUUUAUGUGUGUGUGUACCUCGAAGGUAUCUAAGCAUCUACUCCGAGUUCCAACUCUGCGUGUGCUUGCUGCUGUCUGCGAGCUCAAAUUGGUGGUAACUUGUUUUUCACAAAAGCAACAACAACAACAACAACAACAACAACAACAGCAGCAACAAAAAUCAACAAAAAAUGUCUGCAUACAACAAGAAAACAAGCGCGCGCAACUGAGCUACAUAUAUAAUUAUAAGAAGAAUCAAUAUAUGCAUAUAGAAAAAAAAAAACAUAAAUAAUACGGAGUAGAUUCGCACAACUCCGAAAACUAUAUCGGACUGAUUGAGGCAGAUGCUUUCCAGUGCUUUGGCUGCUGCCCUUCUGCAUUCUUUGCACUCGUUUGUUUGUAUUUUGUUGUUUCACUUGCUGCGCAGCCAAAAAAAAUUACAAAAAAUAAAUAAAAAUAUCCCCAGCAGAGAGACAGUCGUUCACUUCGGGUGUAUCGGUAUCGGUUCCAUGCCCAGUUUGUAUGCCGUGCACACUCAUACACACACACACACACACACACACAUGCAUACACACAUAGCCACAUGCAUGUAGACAAUCUGGUCAACCUGGACAAUGUUUGCCUUCUGUAAGCGUCUCUGCCGAAAACCUGUUCGAUCGGGCGUGUUUUGUGCUGUGUAUAAGUAUACGAAAUUAUUCAAAUAAGAAAUAUCGUCGUCGCCGGUGCCGACGUAGCACGCUUUUCGUCCUUUUCGUCGUGUGCGUCGCCAAAAGAGAAUAAUAAUAACAAUAAAAAUAAGGAAUACAAAUACAUCUACAAAUACAAAUAAAAGCAACGCAUUUGAAAUCUAAAAACUCGUUUCUGCGACUGCAGCUCGAAUUAGUUUGUUUCAUUCCUCGCUGGCCACACAAAUGUACAUCUACGAUGGCCACAUUGGGCCUGUCAAAAGUUUUCAUACUGGAUAAAUAUUUUACGGAAUUGCAAAAAUUUUGGGAGACCGAGAAGAAGCUGCAGGAUGCCUCGUCCUCAAAUGAGGCAGUGCACCUGCAACAGCGGCUUAAGAGUUUAAGCACCGAGCUGCUGGUCAUGCGCAAUCGUUUGCAUGUGGAGAGUCAGGGGCAUGGCCGGGCAGGCGAUGUACAGCAUCAUGGUAUUGGAGUAGGCGCUGGUGCUGGCGUUGCAGUUGGUGGAUCGAAGGCAGCCAAUUAUGACUUGAACGCGUCCAGUCCGAACCUGAAUCUGGGCACCGGGGGGCUCUCUGCGAAUGCAUUGCAGCAGCAUGCGAACGGUAGCGGCCAGAACAGCCUGUCCAAGCAUGCGUACAACUACAGCCAGACGCUGCCGAGCAAUGCAGGAUCCGGCGCUGUCAUCUCGGCGCGCAACACGUCCAUUCCGCAUCCGCUGCCGCACCAGCUGGGUGAGGUGUCCGGCAUGGGCCAGAACAAGGGGCACAGCGGAAGUCUGGGCUUUACGGGAACCCUGACGCCCGCAUCCCUGCCGCACAGCGUCAAUGGCAGAUCCAACACGCUGCCCAUGCGCUCCUCCGCGGCAAACUCGCUUCCGGCGUCAGUGAAUGUGUCUGCGCUUCAAAAUAGCCAACAAUUGCCAUCAACCAAGCAUGCCAAUCCUUGCCAAAGCGUGAAAACGCUACCAUUCGGUUUUGGCUCUGCAACCGGCGGGGCCAAGCAGCAGCAGGCGGCAAACCGUCUGCCCAAGGACAUGCAGGAUCUGAUCCAUCUGGCGGGCCCGUUGAACGAGCACGCCGUUAUGCACACCCUGCAAGCCCGCUUCAACGAGCAGCGCUACUUUACGAAUGUGGGAUCAAUACUUCUCUCGAUUAAUCCAUACCUGGAUGUUGGAAAUCCGCUAACGCUCACUUCUACGCGAGACCUACCGCUGGCGCCUCAGCUGCAGAAGAUCGUUCAGGAGGCAGUGCGUCAGCAGAGCGAGACGGGUUACCCUCAAGCCAUUAUACUGUCGGGAACUAGCGGGGCCGGGAAGACUGCGAACGCCAUGCUCAUGCUGCGCCAGUUGUUUGCCAUUGCCGGCGGUGGCCAGGAGACGGAUGCGUUUAAGCAUUUGGCCGCCGCCUUUACAGUAUUACGAUCACUUGGCUCCGCCAAGACAACCACCAACUCCGAGUCCAGUCGCAUUGGCCAGUUCAUCGAGGUUCAGGUCACGGACGGUGCGCUCUAUCGUACCAAGAUACACUGUUACUUUCUGGACCAAACUCGCGUUAUUCGUCCGCUGCCUAAAGAGAAAAACUAUCACAUUUUCUACCAGCUACUCGCCGGCCUCAACAGGGAGGAGCGGCAGAAGCUUCAUUUGGAGGGCUACUCCCCGGCGAAUCUGCGCUAUCUCCGCGGCGACAUCACUCAGAAUGAGCACGAGGACGCGGUGCGCUUUCAGGCCUGGAAAACUUGUCUGGGCAUAUUGGGAAUACCCUUUCUGGACGUGGUGCGUGUCCUCGCUGCUGUGCUAUUGCUGGGCAAUGUUCAGUUUAUCGACGGCGGGGGCCUUGAGGUAGAUGUCAAGGGCGAGACGGAACUCAAUUCGGUGGCCAGUCUUUUGGGAGUGCCGCCCGCCGCACUGUUCCGCGGACUGACCACGCGCACCCACAAUGUGCGGGGCCAGCUGGUGAAGUCGGUUUGCGGGGACGGGGACGCGAACAUGACACGCGACUGUUUGGCCAAGGCGCUCUACUGCAGAUUGGUGGCGACGAUUGUGAGGCGAGCGAACAGUCUGAAGCGUCUGGGCUCUACACUGGGCACCUUGAGCUCGGACUCGAACGAGUCGGUGCACAACCAGGCGGAUGCGGCAUCGCAGCACACGUCGACCAUUGGCGGCGGCAAUGCCGGCUCCAAGUCGAUGGCAGCUUUGAAUAACGCGGUGCGGCAUGCCACGGACGGGUUCAUUGGCAUACUGGACAUGUUCGGGUUUGAAGAACCUUCGCCGCACGCUCAGCUGGAGCACUUGUGCAUCAAUUUAUGCGCCGAGACUAUGCAGCACUUUUACAAUACGCACAUAUUCAAAUCAUCGGUGGAGUCCUGCCGGGACGAGGGCAUUGUUUGCGAAACCGAGGUGGACUAUGUGGAUAAUGUGCCAUGCAUUGAUCUGAUAUCCUCGCUGCGCACAGGCCUGCUAAGCCUGUUGGACAUGGAGUGCUCGGUGCGCGGCACAGCCGAGAGCUAUGUGACCAAGCUGAAGGUGCAGCAUCGCUGCUCGACGCGUCUGGAGACACGAACCGCCAUGGAGCCGGACGAUCCGCGACUGUUUGCCAUUAGACACUUUGCGGGUCGCGUGGAGUACGACACUACCGACUUUUUGGACACCAACCGGGACGUGGUGCCGGACGAUCUUGUCGCCGUAUUUUACAAGCACAGCUGCAACUUUGGAUUCGCUACUCAUCUAUUUGGAUCGGAGCUGAAGGCUCUCUAUGCCCAGCAGCACGCGCCACGUGGUCUUAGCUUCCGAAUCUCACCCACCUCGCAUUCCGACUUGCUGAACGGGGAUGAGCCUGUCUCCACGCUUACUCAGGAUUUUCACACACGGCUGGAUAAUCUGCUGCGCACCCUGGUCCAUGCCCGGCCGCACUUUGUGCGAUGCAUCCGUAGCAAUACAUAUGAGCAGCCGGGCAGGUUCGAUCGCGUAACUGUGGUGCGGCAGAUCCGAUCGCUGCAGGUCUUGGAGACAGUGAAUCUGAUGGCUUCAGGCUUUCCGCAUCGCAUGCGAUUUAAACAGUUCAAUGCCCGCUAUCGAAUGCUGGCUCCCUUCCGGCUACUGCGGCGCACCGAGGACAAAGCUCUAGAGGAUUGCCAGCUGAUAUUACAGUACGCCAUGGGCAUGGAACAGCUGCCCGUGCAGGAUGGCUCGGUCACGCUGGCCUGGGCGCCGGGCAAGAGACACGUUUUCAUUAGCGAGGGCAUUCGCCAGCAUCUUGAGCAUUUGCGCACGGAGAUUCGUAACAAAAGCGCCACCCGCAUACAAUCCAUCUGGCGCGGCUGGUGUUGGCGCAAGAAAAUGGGCAGCAGCCUUAAGCGAUCCUGUGCCACCGACACCGGCCUAAUCUCUGCGCUACCCGCCAUCGCCAGCACCUGUGCCAAGCUCGUCAAUGCCCACAACAAUUCCAAUGGCAAGGCAGCCUCAGCAGCUAUGGCCGCCCUGGCGGCCGUGGCUACCGCAGCUCCCAAUACGGUCUCGCGCCUGUCCGCCAAGUCCACAAAUCAAACUACGUGUCUGGGCACCGGAGGCACAGUGACUCGCCCGCGACCCCAGCCCAUUGCCGGCACACCACCUCCGGAUCCGCACGAGAAAUGCGACCAGAAGAUUAUCCAGCAAACAUGUAGUCUCUUCGGACUAGAUUUGGAACGCCCUCCGCCCGUUCCUUUAUCACGGGCUUACACCAUCACAGCCAAUUCAAAGAAGCUGGGCUAUCCGCAAAGUCGCAUCAUGAAAAUGAAUUUUCCGGAGGAUGCACUUGCUAAUCCGGCUACAGCCGGCCUGCCGCCGCCAGCCCCAGGUGAACUGCAGCAGCUGAAAAAAGGCGACACCGUAACUGUUGUGGGUGCCUCCAGCGGUCGGGGCCAUUUGGUUGUGGAGCACAAAGGCCAAACCUAUCACGUGCCCUUUCAGUACAUGGAGCUAAGCGGCCAAACAGUUGCCUCUGCCAGCAAUGCCGCCAGCAAUGCCAACAUGACCAUAUCAUCCGCGUUGAUGUCGACUGGCCAGUCGAAUGGGGUGAAAAUUUGAAAUCACGCUGAUCAUGCAGGAGACGCCACUUCAGCGACGGAGACUGUAAAUAACUGACAUUAGUUUAAGUGCCUAAAUUUAAAUAAUGAAUCGCUGAGUUUUGCGAGGACAAACGUAUUAUGCGUUCCCCAGCGUUGUCCGAUGGAGUAUUAUGUAUUUAUAUUUUUCAUAUGACAAUAGGUUGUAGCUUCCAGUGCCAAUCAAGAGAGUUUUUUUUUCCAAUAAUAAUAAUCUCUACGGUUUUGUUGUUAUAUAUAGGCUAUAAGAUACAAACAUGUAGUUAGAAUAACUCGCUUCUGAAGCCUCUUUUAAUUAAGCCCUUAUCCGGCUCUCUUCAUCAUAGCGUGCAUUAAUAAGGUUUCUCAUUGUUGCUCAUAGCCUGAUUCAUGCCCACUUAUUCAUAUGGCAAUUUAUAUAAAAAGUGCUCGAUUUAAUUUUAUCACACAUAUAUUUAUUAGUAAGUCAUGUUGUGUACAUAAUGUACUAAGCAUCCCACUUCAUCCAUUAAAGAAAUAUAAGGACUGUACAACAUA